GCAAUUAUCUCAUGAAUUCCUCCUAUUAUUUUUAUUAUUUCUUAUAUAUAAAUAUCUAAUUCCUUCAUUCUCGACAAGGUCACAGGGGUAGAGUUAAUAAUUGUCACUAGGUUGGUGGAGUUGUAUUGCCAUUUAGGUACCUAAUUUAAGAUAACGUUCCUGAUAGGCACCCAGCAGAUCCGCCUAGGCGGUACAACGAUACAUGCCUAGGUUAGGUUAAAUCAUUGCUGUAAUUUUCUUUUCUUGGCCGGGAACGACACGACGCAACCUUUUUAUACAAUACACCUCACCUCAUCAACUCAACCCUCUACGCUACGGCCAACCCGGCUUCAACACCCGCCACUACAUAGUACAUAUAUCAUACAUCCAAAGCCUCGAAUCGAUUACUCAUGCAAAGCUAGUUUCUUCUUUGUUGUCACACCAUAUAUUCGGUGUUCCGACCUGAAUCCCCCUUUCCCGUGCUGACUGGGCUGCUUGCGCACCGCCGGGCGCUAUGAAUGCCAUACAGCAGAGAUGUCGUCCGAAGCAUCAAGUUUUGGUUCUCAAGUGCUAUCCUAGCACUACAAAGGGGGCUGUCGAUGUCAAACCGAACUCGAGCGAACUGAGUUAUCUUUUAUUUUAUGCCACGUCGCGACGAACCAAGAUCCAGAAGGUUGGCCAAUUUCUCGAGAAAAAGACAGCUAGCGAUGUGUGGAGGGUGCGCAUUGGAAAUGUCCAGGUCACCCUGCAGAUACUAGCUGCUCUGAUCGAGAAAGCCCCCAAAGAUCUACCCCUAUUCGCACAAAAUGUACUGAAGAUUCUCGACCUCGUUCUUCGAUCCGAUGAUAUCACUAUGGUCGAGGCGUCGCUGCCUACAUUUCGAACUUUCUGCGAACACCACGAUGUCUCGUCGCUUAUUGCCGAUCAAGCUUACCUCCACCAGUACGAGCAAGUCGUACGCGCUUAUGCCGCAUUCGCGUCAACUCGGAAGGUUCCUGGUAAAGGCACGCCCAGCAAACCCGUUGCCCUGAGAUGGAGAAAUGCAGGCUUAGAAGCAAUCAAAAGCGUUUCCGAAUCCGAGGCGUUAUCGUCUGUUGCUGGACGGCAGCUCGACGUUAUAGUGCCUAUGAUUCUUGAGAACCUGUGGACCGACGAUGAAGAGUUCCUUAGUAUACUAUCGCAGCGUGUCGAGGUAGAAGAGAAGGAUGAUUCCAAUGUCCUGUUACGACGGAGAACUAGUAUUUCCACUAUUAAGACGGCAGAUACUGGGGGCGAUGCGAACCCCAUAGCCAUUUCCGGCACGUCUGUUGACAUCGAUAAGCUCGCCGAAGAAGACAUUGGUGUUGUAGCUAUGCAGUGUCUGAAGCAGAUAUUUGUCAUACCCAAUAGAGCACAGAUAAAUGGGGCGACGACGGCGUUGCUACGAUUUAUCAAAGAGCGUGUUCAGGAGAAAGAGUCGGUGAUAUUGCAAUCCGAAGAUGGCAGUGGACGUUACCAUGGUUGGGCAAUCAAGGUCUUCGAGCUCGCAACAAGAUGGGCCCCGGUGCAAGACCGUUAUGUCAUUAUGAUUACCACAACAGAUAUGCUCCUACGAACCUCACCGACCGAGGAAAACAUGGCGGACCAAAUCGUGCUUACCGCCAUUGUCGGAUCCCUAUUGAGCUCUGACAUCAACUUGAUUGGCUUAAGUGUUAUGGAUGUGCUCUCGGGGUUGAUACUGCAUAUGAAGAGAGUCUUAAAGCACUCGGGGAGCUCAAGGGGAAGCGCCGGUUCUUCGGGAGAUGACAAGCCACCUUCGGUCACCGAUCUCUCCCUACACAUCUCAGUGCCAUACAGAGAACUAUUGACUCGGAUUCAGCAGUCGAUUGGUAAUCUAGCCACUCAUGUUUACUACGCGGACCAAAUUUCCGACAUGAUUUCCACUAUCCUUUUGAGACUCAGGCCUCACCCGAGUACAACAGCGAACGCGUCACCGGCUCCGGAGAAGACGGAAGCUUUACCUGGAGUUUCUGCCGGAAAUAUUUCGGACGAGCAGUCUCAUCUCGACAGCUACUUCGCGUUAGACCUGGCUAAGACUACUGCUCUCCGAGCUGUCAAGUCUAUCCUCCUUGUUGCCAAUCCGAACACGAAGGUUAGCGGAAACGUUAGUCUGACAAGAAACAAGGUUCCUAUACAAGUGUGGGAGGGUACGCACUGGCUUCUGCGCGAUCCGGACGGGCAGGUCCGAAAGGCAUACGUUGAUGCUCUUGGCACUUGGCUCGACCGAGAAACGACGAGUUCCGAUUUAGAAGCACGGGAGGACUUGGGCCGGAAGCCACGAGCAAGCAAUCGAGAAAUGCCAUCAGGAAGUAUUGCUCGUCGAGCUGUUUCGAGCGCCUCGAAUCGGGAUAAACCUGCUAGAGCUGCCCGGUCCCGCUUCUUACAACUUCUCCAUCUUGCCAUUUAUGACAGUGCUCUGCAGUUCGUGGAGUAUCAGGCGGAUAUUACUAUUCUCCACGUUUUGUUGACCAAAUUAGUUAUUAAACUCGGCGUCAAUGCUGUCAGAUACGGUCUUCCAAUGGUUUUUCGACUCCAGGAAGAUAUUUUAGAGGCAGAAACGCCUGCAGCGAAAUUUCAUCUUGGGUCCCUCUGCCAUGGCUAUUUCUGGGCCUUGAGUGAACAUUUCGAGUUUGAAGCAUCACCAGUCGGCCGUGCGAUCCAUAAUGAAAUCGUUCGGAGAAGAAGCAAACAUUUUUGGGUUGAAGGUGUUCACGUCCCAACACCAUCACUGGAUGCUUUAGAAACGCCUGGUUCGCCUAAAUCGAAAUCAAGAGUACCUACACGCGAGGUAGAGUCGGAAGCGUUGUUGCCCUUCGACGACCGCCUCGGGAUAGUAGAUUGUAUUUGCGUGAACUAUAAGGAGAGAACUAUCUCCCCUCCCUCAAGUCCCUCUACGUCACCUGGUCGCGUAUUCUCGCACCCAAUCCUAAGCUCUACUCUUAACAACAUUCCACUAUCUGACGAUGACCGUGAGCUACCCAAUAAAUUUAGAGAGGAAAUGCUGGCGGAAUGGAAUCGAGAGGCCGUCGUCAUUGCACUCCAAGCGGAGAGUAAGUCCGCUUCUAUAAGCGGGUCCAAAGCCGGGACAACUGCUACCAGGGGAAACCAUCUUACUGUUAACGGACCCUCGUCUAACGGUUAUGCCGCUAGCAGACCAGAAUCUGCGUAUGCUCGCCAAAACAACUUGAGGCCGGCUUCACAUGCUAGUCAUAUCGCUGGUUUACGAAACUCCAGCGGACAGAGCCACGGCUCCGGGAAGACUGCUUCUGGUCGAGGCUUUGUCGCUUCUAUUGAUCAGCUCAAAUCGGUGUUGACCGGAGAACCAGUUCGGCCAGCCACGUUCCAGACAUUACAAGAAGACGGGGACAGCAGUGAUAGCAUGGCGAGCUACGAGUUUACGCCAUCAGAGCUUUCGUUCAAUCCAAACCAGGCAGAUGGCACCGAUACCAAUGACGCAGUCCUUACACGUUUGCGAUCAAAGUCCCGGGAGCGAAAGGUGUCUGGAGACUCGGGAGGUCCUCUGACUUCUCAUCCUAUGGAAGGCGAAGCCGAGGAUGAGACUGUGCCGCCAGUGCCGCCGCUACCGGCAUCAUUGGUGGGAAAGUCGCCCCCUCCUGAGAUCAAUCUUGAGCGUACAGCCAAGCAAGACCAUGCCGUCAAGACUCCUCAGAGGAAUGUUAGGAGCCGAGGAGGAGAUAGCAUCCUUUCAAGUAAUUUUUCAAACGCCGGGGCCGCCAGCAUGGAUUUACAAGCGAUGCUCAAGGGCAUCGACAGCAAAUCGAAGCAAAACACGCUUGGAAAUUUAACGAAGCCCCCUUACUAACAGUCUACACUGUACUAGUGCUCAUAUGUACUUUCUUAACUUAGUUAUCUAGGUAUAUUUAGAUUUAAUGGAAACAAAAAGAUGGAAGUUGACUCGUAAUGAUGCCCUCGGGGUAGAGGGUAGCUUGUCCGGAUGAGGUGUUGUAUACUAUUAACGCCAGGGAAUAUUACACAGAAGGGUCGACAGCAUAAAAAGAGGAGGAAAAGGGCAAUAAUGAAAAAGACUACUGCGCGGGGCAACUCUAUCUAAGAUAAACACAUGCUUGUAUAUAUUAUACGUCCGUUUGUCCGUUUGUCCGUUU